AUGUCUACUAGUAGCACCAAUCCUGACCAUGUCAUCAAGACGCCAACCUCUCCCGUCAUUAUCAUUGGCGCGGGAGUAGCAGGCUUAUCAGCAGCCAAACGACUGAAAGAGAACAAUAUUCCCGUCUUGAUUCUAGAAGGUCGCAAUCGAUUGGGAGGUCGCAUUCAUACCGUGGCCAUGAACACACAAGAAAACAACUCAAAUCAAGAGGAAGGUAGUACUCAGAAGAAAGCUUUUGUGGACAUGGGUGCCGCGUGGAUGGAUGGUGGUCCACAAUUCAACUCCCUGUGCCGCUUUGCGCAAGACCAUGGCCUCACUCUGGUCCAUACACCCUAUCAGGAGAAUCCCGCGGAAAUUGGACGACAACAUCGAGCGUGGGAUGCCAAUCACCACAAAUGGCUCAACUGGUUCCAAGUAAAUUGGCUCAUGUUUCGAAAUGGAAUGAUAUUGAGAGCGCUGGAACAGCAAGAGAACAAAGCACAAUACCAAAAUAUGUAUCAACGAGUCCAACAGAUUUAUCAGCAACCGGGUCUACUGAACUUGGGAAAAGAUCAUUACGAUCAAAUGCUCGCUGAAACAUUCACGGUGCACAAUGAAGCGGCGUUCUUGACCGAAAUACAUCCCCUCAAUGACGAUGUGGCCUAUUUUCAUGUCAAAGAUGAGUACUACAAGGGAACCGAGUACAUGAUCCAAGGGGGGUACCAGAAAUUGAUUGAGCUAUUGCAAGAGGGAAUCGGCGAGGAGGAAAUAUUGCUGAAUCACACCGUCACGUCGACUACCGACCACAAAAGCAGCGAUGGUGUGACGGUUACAACAACACAAUCCACCACCAACACCAACAAUAAUGGAAUCACCAAGACAACAUUCCAGGGCAGUCAUGUCAUUGUCACGGUACCGCUGGGGGUACUCAAAACCAACAACCUUUUACUAUUCGAGCCACCACUCCCUCCGUCCAAACAGGGCGCCAUUCAACGCAUUGGAUUUGGAGUCCUCGAAAAGAUUGCCAUGACCUUUCCCACCACGUUUUGGAGAACUGUGCCGCACCGACGACAAGAUGUCUACCACAUUGGAGUAGAGCAUCCCGUCGAUUUCCCCAACUUUGUCGAUGUCACGGAAUCGGCCGGAGCACCAACGCUAGUCACCACCACUGUCGCCAAAGCACAACUGGUUCAUGACAAUCCACAAGAGGCUGUCGAGCGUGUUCAAUCGUUGCUGGCAAGCAUGUUUGGCAAACUCUAUCAAGAACCGCUAGACAUUCAAACGACUCAAUGGAAGACGGAUCCAUUCUCUCUGGGCGCCUAUAUGCAUUUUGGACGCGAAAUGAAACCGGGGGAUAUCGAGUUGUUGGCCGAACCGCAUGGUCGUAUUCGAUUUGCCGGGGAAGCCACAUCGACCGAGUAUCCGAGUUACGUCGAAGGAGCCGCCUUGUCGGGACAACGCGAAGCGGAUCGGAUACUGGCAGAGUUGAUAACAUAA